UAUUGACUUUGCAGGGAGUGGUUGGUAACGAUAAGUAGACUCUACUUGGUUUCUACAUUUUCCGUUGGAAUUUGGUUUCUACGUUAUUUUUUUGGUUGUUUUUUAUUUUUAUUUUUUUUAAUUUUUUUUGCACUGUUCCUGGGUUCAGUCAUCGUCGUGGAUGCUGUUCUCAUGUUCAAACUCACCUCAUCCCAAAUCUCAUUGAGAUGUCUUCAACUUAAGAAAAAAUGUUCCUGCUAUAUGACAAGACUCCAAGAAGAACAUCUUUGAGAACUUCAGCUUUUCUGAUAAUUGUGAUUAAAGUCUUGUGCUGUCAAACCCUCACAUGUCGUCCUGAAGAGUAUCUGAUAGACAAUAAAUGCUGCUCAAUGUGUCCACCUGGAAACAGAGUUAAAACAGAUUGUGCGGCCUUCAGACGUACAUCAUGUCUGCCCUGCAUGGAUGAAACUUAUAUGGAUAGAUUUACUAGACAUAAGCAGUGUUUCCCAUGCACCAACUGUAAUACAGGUUCUGGUCUGAAGGUAAAGACGUCAUGUACAACAACAUCAGAUACAGUUUGUGAACCACUUGAAGGAUUCUUCUGUACAAACGUAACAAAGGACCAGUGUGCAGCAGCACAGAAACACAAGGACUGUGAUCCAGGACAAUACAUCAAGGAAAAAGGUACAUCCUCCUCAGACACUGUGUGCUCUGACUGCAGUGACGGAACAUUUUCAGAUGGAACAUUAACAUCUUGUCUCCAACACACACAAUGUGAAUCAAUGAACCUUCAGCUGAUAACAGCAGGAACUUCGUCAGCUGAUUCUGUUUGUGGGGAACAAACUUCAAAUGUUGGAGUUAUUGUGGGCGUCAUCAUUGGUCUGGUUGUUUUAGUCGUUCUAAUAGUAGUAGUAUUGUACUACAUCAAACGAAAGAACAAAUAUCUAGCAGAUCACAGCACUUUUUUAUCUAAGGAAUUACAUUAUCUAUCCAUCUAUCCAUCUAUCCAUCUAUCCAUCCAUCCAUCCAUCCAUCCAUCCAUCCAUCCAUCCAUCCAUCCAUCCAUCCAUCCUCUUCUAAAAAGAUACCUAAUCCAGGUAUACAUCGAAAGUCUUCUAUGGAAGUCCCGAAGCCUGCAGAUGACACCACGUGCAUUUUACUCAUCCCGGACGGGGACAAGUUUGCGUGGAUCAGCUAUUCCUCUGGUACAGUCAGAACCACCUAGAGCUAAACCCACUCAAGACUGUGGACUUUAGGAAGAGACUCCCACCCACCCCUCCUCUUACCACUCUAAACAGGACCGUCCCCACCGUGGACUCAUUCAGGUUCCUGGGGUCCACAAUCUCAUGGGACCUAAAGUGGACAUCUCACAUUGACUCUGUUAGGAAGAAGGACCAGCAGAGGGUGUUCUUCCUAUGUCAGUUAGUUCAACCAGGAGCUGCUACUCUGCAGUAAUCCAGUCUGUCCUGACUGCCUCCAUCACGGUCUGGUUUGGAUCAGCCACCAGACAGGACAGGAACAGACUGCAGAGGACAAUCAGAUCUGCAGAGAGAGUUAUUGGCACUGUAAAAUCUCCACCGACCCCUCACACGCCGGAUACUAUCUAUUCAGACUCCUCCCCUCAGGCUGGCGCUACAAAGCACUGUACGUCACAACAACCCGGCACAGAAACUGUUUCUUUCCCCCGGGCUGUAGCUCUGAUGAACUCUGAGCAGUCACAGAGCACGUGACCAGUGAUGAUCAACUGGCGGCCCGGGAUUGGACGGUUCGGCCCACGACUGGAUUCAUGUGAAAAUAUCAUGUUGUCCGCACUAUUAAAGCAACUGGAAACAGCAACGAAAACUGAGACUCUUAACUAUCAGUAAUCCCCACAAUAUAUGACUCUGUUAAAUGAGGACAAACUCGUUGCAUUGUUUAAAUGAACAUUUAUUCUUUAACACACCAUUUUUUCGUAAUUUACAUAACAGGUAACGCAUUUCUGAAGGUUGGCAUGAUAAAUGCAUAAUUUUCAGUCCAUUCGUCAUUAAAGGAUCUGUUUUCCGCAUCAACUUUUCGUUUCAUGGCCUUUGAGAGUGCCAUUUUAGCCUAACUGUGUUAAGAGGCCUUUUCCUUCCAGUAACUGAAACUGUAUUGAAGCCAGUGAUGGAGGCUUUGUUUCAGCUGUGUUUGUUUUUCUAGUGCUCUAUAAAUAAAGUUUACUUGAAUUGA